AAAGAAAAUAACUGCAUGGACACUGCUGAUAUAUUCCACUCGUAUCCUGAAGGAGGAGCAAGUGAUGAGGAGCUCGACAGAGAAAGUGAAACUAUUACAGCAGGAUCUGUUUCGUCAGACGAGGAAGUAAACUACAUUAAGAGAGAAACACACGAUGAAACCAUGGCCUCCAGAAUGAAUCUCUCUGAAGAACAUCACACACAGAUAAAGACAGUCAAGAGUCAGAUUCAGGGGGAUGAAUCAGGUUUAGCUGAACACAUCGAUGUGUCUGUGAGGAAACAUCCUUCAGAUCUCUGCAGAGAGGAAGACUCUUCUGUUGAGUCCAGUCUGUGUGAGAAUGAAUCUCCUGAACCCAGCUGUGUGUCCAUGAAGAGUGACCGAUCAAUGAAUCCUCCAAUUAAAUUCAGCUCGGGAGACUCAUCUGCUGAUCUGAGUCAAAAACAUGAAGGACCAGAAUCACAUUCAGCAAAGAAGAACUUAGACUCCAUUUUCAAGGAGCUUGAGCACAAAAUCAUCUCUGAGUUGAAAAGUUUUAAGAGACUACUGAGUCCAGAUUACCCAGAAUGCUCUGAAAGAGACCAUCAUGAUGACGAGGGUCAUAACAGAGUCAGAGAGGGGCUUCUGAAGAUCAUACUGUUGAUCCUGAGGAAGAUGAACCAGACAGACCUCGCUAACACACUACAGACCAAACUGAUGCCUGUGUAUCAACAAAAACUCAAAUCCAGACUACAGGAUAAAUAUCAGAGAAUCAGUGAAGGAAUGUCCAAUCAUGGAGACUCAACACGUCUGAAUGAGAUCUACACAGAGCUGUACAUCACAGAGGGAGGCAGUGGAGAGGUCAAUAAUGAACAUGAGGUGAGACAGAUUGAGACAGUGUCCAGGAGACCAGAGACACAGGAGACACCAAUCAGCUGCAACGACAUAUUUAAACCCUCACCUGGACGAGACAAACCCAUCAGAACUGUGCUGACUAAAGGAGUCGCUGGAAUUGGAAAAACAGUCUCUGUGCAGAAGUUCAUUCUGGACUGGGCCGAAGGAAAAGCCAAUCAGGACGUUCAUUUCAUAUUUCCACUUCCUUUCAGGGAGCUGAACCUGAUACAGAAAAAUCUCAGUCUUGUGGAUCUUCUGAACCACCUUCACACAGAAACCAAAGAAUUUAAAUCAGCAGAUUAUGAUGAGUACAAAGUCAUGUUCAUAUUUGAUGGUCUGGAUGAGUGUCGACUACGUCUAGAUUUCCAAAACAAUCGUAGCUUGUCUGAUGUAACAGAAUCAGCCUCAGUGGAUGUGCUGCUGACCAACCUCAUCAAGGGAACCUACUUCCUUCUGCUCUCCUCUGGAUCACCUCUCGACCAGCAGCAGCCAAUCAGAUCCCUCCUGAGUGUGUCCACCAGCUCACAGAGGUACGAGGAUUCAACGACCCUCAGAAGGAGGAAUAUUUCAGGAAGAGAAUAAAUGAUCCGAGUCUGGCUGAUAGGAUCGUCACACACAUCCGAUCAUCAAGAAGUCUGUUCAUCAUGUGUCACAUCCCAGUCUUCUGCUGGAUUUCAGCCGCUGUUCUGGAGAGGAUGAUGGGUAAAGCAGAGCGUGCAGAGAUC